UGUGUCUCUCGCGGAGCUAAGACGCAAGGAAGGCAAGCGAGUGAGGGAAAGGAGGGGUAUUGAGAUGAGGCUUCAGACUUCAUUUUAGGGACAUUUCGGCCAGGGUUGUAGAGCUAUUUGUUUAAGCACCGGAUUCGCAAAACAGUAGAGUCUGUAAACCAGUCUGCCUUGAUCCAUGAAUUCAUGUCCGUGACUCUCACGUGCACUAACAAACUAAAGACUAGGGUAAAUAACUAAUGUCUAAUAAGUAUGAAAAAGCUGCUUCUGUGGAAGUCUGUCAUAUAUCUAUAUAUAUAGUAGAAGAAGGACCCCAAAAAAACCCAGUGAACAGCCUGUGGGAGCGGCCUGGGGGGGGCAGCAGAGCGCUGCUGUGCAUAUUACACAGAGAGACAGAAGAAGAAGAAGCAGAAGCAGGAGACGGAGACGGAGACGCAGACGCAGACGCAUAAGCAUCAUCCACCUCUGAGAGACCCGCAGCACCAUCUCACAGCAGAACACACCGCGGGCAUCAUGGGAGCCGUGCUGGGACUGUGCUCCAUGGCGAGCUGGGUCCCCUGCCUGUGUGGCAGUGCCCCCUGCUUGCUGAGUCGCUGUUGUCCCAGUGGGAACAACUCCACAGUGACCCGCCUGAUCUACGCCUUCUUCCUGCUGCUGGGUGUAGCUGUGGCCUGCAUCAUGCUGAUGCCCGGCAUGGAGGGCCAGCUGAAGAAGAUUCCAGGUUUCUGUGAAGGGGGGAUGGGCUCCUCCAUCCCUGGUGUGGAGGGGCAUGUGAACUGUGAUGUGCUGGUUGGCUAUAAGGCUGUGUACCGCGUCUGCUUCGGCAUGGCCAUGUUCUUCCUGCUCUUCUCCCUGCUCAUGGUCAAAGUCAGGAGCAGUCAGGACCCCCGAGCCGCACUGCACAACGGGUUCUGGUUCUUUAAGUUUGCUGCAGCAGCUGCCAUCACCAUUGGAUCAUUCUUCAUCUCAGAAGGCCCCUUCACUACGGUGUGGUUCUACGUCGGCAUGGCCGGAGCCUUCUGCUUCAUCCUGAUCCAGCUGGUGUUACUCAUUGACUUUGCCCACUCCUGGAACGAGUCCUGGGUGGAGAAAAUGGAGGAGGGCAACUCUCGCUGCUGGUAUGCAGCUCUGCUCUCGGUCACCACUCUAAACUACGUGAUGUCUCUGGUGUCUGUGGUCCUGUUCUACGUCUACUACACCCAUUCUAACGGCUGCACGGAGAACAAAGUGUUCAUCAGCAUCAACAUGCUGCUGUGCCUGGGCUCCUCCGUGCUCUCCAUCCUGCCGCACAUCCAGGAGUCCCAGCCCCGGUCCGGCCUGCUGCAGUCCUCCCUGGUGACCCUCUACACCAUGUACCUCACCUGGUCCGCCAUGACUAACGAGCCUGAUAGGAAGUGUAACCCGAGCCUUCUGGGCAUCAUCGGACUGAACAGCACCAGCCCCGCGGGGCAGGACCAUGUGGUGCAGUGGUGGGAUGCCCAGGGGAUUGUGGGAUUGAUCCUUUUCCUCAUGUGUGUCCUGUACUCCAGUAUCCGUAACUCGUCCAACGCCCAGGUGAACAAGCUGACCCUCACCAGUGAUGAGUCGGCCCUGAUCGAGGACGGGCCGCAGGCUGACAGCUUUGAGGAGGGGGGAGUGAACCGGGCUGUGGACAACGAGAAGGAUGGAGUCACGUACUCCUACUCCUUCUUCCACUUCAUGCUGUUCCUGGCCUCCCUCUACAUCAUGAUGACACUCACCAACUGGUACAGUCCUGACUCUAACUACGAGGCCAUGACCAGCAAGUGGCCCUCAGUGUGGGUGAAGAUCUCCUCCAGCUGGAUCUGCAUCGCCCUCUAUGUGUGGACGCUGGUGGCUCCUCUGGUCCUGGUCAACAGAGACUUUGACUGAAGCAGCCACUGCACUGCCCCCCCCCCCCGAAACCCCCACCAUGCCCUGCUUCAGUGUUAGUUCAGUAGGAAGUCCAGCAUGCAUCAGUGCAGCUGGGGGGGCUCCCCAUGCUGUUGCCAUUGUAAAUAGUUUUCAGAGCGGCAUGCGUUUCCUUUAAAGCUGAUGUGACAUUAACAGUAGCUGUCUGUGUGUAACAGUGAACUCUGACUGCAGUAUUACUAAUGGGAAUGCCACUACAUGUAGACCAAGUUAGAUGGUGGUGUGUAUGAGCAGAACUCCAGCUGUGGAUCACUGUAGCUAAUCACCAUGUUGUGUGCUUGCACAAUCACAACAAAGGCAUUCCUGCUUCGUGUUACAUUUUGACUUUAAAUGGAAAAUGGUUGUUUGAAAACUUCUCUAAGUUAUUUGGUAGUGUUAGCAUUAGCAUGUAGUUUCUCAUGUACCUAGCAGGCACAUUGUGUGUACAUUUGUAUGAUUGUCUCACCUGUGCUUUUAUCCUAAUAUAAUUUUUCUCUUGACAUGUAAAAGUAUAUUGUAUGCAGUUUAAUAAAACUGAGUAAAAGCA